AUGGCUGACAUGUUCAAGAACAUGUUUGGUGGCUCUCAGCCAUCAGGUGCAGCCAAGGUCGAGGAUGAUUUCGCCGACUUCAAGGCCUCUGAGCCAUCUCCUGCCUCGAUUGUGGCUGCGUCAUCAUCGUCCCCGGCUGCCCAGGGUGUUGAGCCCGUCCCCUAUACGAAAUGGUACCGGAUCUGGGAGCGGACAUCUCCCAAGGACUUCAUGCAGGAGGCAAUGAUCAUGCCUGUUAUCCUUCUGAUUGUUUUCUUCCAUCUCUGGGGUACACGUAAGAAUAGGCGGAGAGCUAGGGAAUGGGCACAGGCCCAUGCGCCGGCUUUGCAGCACGAGUUCGCAGUCGUUGGUUUUAGUGGCAUUCAGAAAUCAACCAUCGCUGAGGACGGAUCCAUCCAGCCGCAGUCGAUCUCUUCUGAGGAGAUGCUCAAGGAGAAGUCUCCCCAGGAGUUUUCCUCCUAUGCAACCGGCAGACAGAACAUUGCCUUUGUUGACAUGGCAGUCAAGCUGCCCAAGCGCUACAACCCGAUUACCUACUGGAUGGAAAUUGCCUUCAGCUUCUUUUUUGAAAGCUGGACUGCGCCCGCUGAAAAGUUUGAAGCUACUGCGUACCUUUUUGAUGGUAAAGAGAAGGAUUUGGUUCCCGUUCCGGCCAAGGACACGUCUUCUUUGAAGGUGGCCAACUCGACCUACGAUGGCUUCAUCUGGGCUGUUGUCCACAAGAGCCACAUGCGCACCUUCCGCCAGGACCGAUACGAUGCCUCCAUGACUUUCACCAGGGACAACGCGAAACUGCCAUCCUGGGUCACCGUGAUGACUGAAAGCGCCGAAAUCACCGAUACACUCCUUACCCCGGAAUUGAUUCAAGCCAUUGAGAAGGCCGGUCACAACUUUGAGUACUUGAUCGUCACUGACCAACCCGUUGACAAGCCUUUGAAGAUCGAGGAAACCGCUCCCAGGAAGCGUGUUCAGCUUUCCACCAUCCUUCCCUCAUCUGUUGCUGGCUAUGAGUCUACUAUUCCGAUUUUCAACCAGUUUGUCCGUUUGGCCGAUAAACUUGUCGCAUCGGCCCACUUCCGCCCCGAAGUUAUGCGAAAGAUCCGCAACGCCCGUGAAGAGGAAAUCAAGAAGCUUCGCCGUGCCGAUGAGGAAGAGAAGGCCGAAGAGCGCAAGCUUGCAGCAGAAAAGAUCAAGAAGGAAGAGCGGGAGCGUAUCCUCCGUGGCAUGACUGCCGACGAACAGCGAAAGUUCCUUGAUCGCGAGCGCGAAAAGGAUCAGAGACGUUCUAUGAAGAAGAGCACUCGGAGAGGAUAA